AGGUGUGCUAAAAACUCCAUGAUUUAAAUCUCUUUGAGCCUUGACCUCCUCCUCCUUAUUCUUCUUCCCUUUGUUUGUCUAUUGAGAGUAAAAACAGACACUCUCAUUUUCCUUAAAGGCUUGUUUGGGGAUCUUCAGCAAAAAGAGAUCAGUGGAAAAGAAUAGCAACAAGUGAAAACAGUUUAAAAAGAAAAUCCUCGAGAGAGGAACAAGAAGAGAGACAGUUGGAGAUUCGUUGGUCUUGUUGUUUUCUUCUCUUUGAGUUGGGAUCAGAUUUAAUUAGUUAUGAACAAAGGUGUGUUGCAGAGUUCUUCACCGGUGCAGCAGAUGAUAGCGGUGUCAGGAAACCCUAACUGUUGGUGGAACGUGAAUGGGAUUCGCUCGCCUCCACCGCUUCUAGUAGCGCCAGCUGCUGCUCCACCUACUUCGUUUGGCAGCACUGCUCCCUCAAACUUGUUCCCAGCUGCUUCUGCUGCAUCCUGUUCCUCGUCCUCCUCCUCAUCCUGGCAAGACAUUAAUAACUCGGAGCUUCCAGUGUCAUGGAGCCAACUCCUCUUGGGAGGAGGAUUGGUUGGUGAAGAUCAUAAAAGUGGCAAUAAUAUGAGCCAUUUUCAAGAUCAGCAGUCUCGAAAUGGUUCAUCUGCUAUCGAUCAUGUCAAGCAAGAGAAUUCAGCGAGUAGCUACAAUAGCAUAUAUGGACAUGCAAAUACUCAUCAGCAAGAUUUUUCACUUGCCUCUGCCGCAAAGCCAUCCGCCUGGUCUCCCAUGGCUCCUGUAUCUUCAUUUGCCAAUUCCUGUACCACGAGCAUCGAAACAAACAACGUCCUAGAUUACUCCAAGAACGACCGGAGUGCACGGAAUCCAGCAAAAGAUCGAGUUUAUGAGUGCAACAGCAUUGCUAAUGGUGGGGCACAGAAGAAAGCUAGGGUUCAGCCUUCUUCAGCCCAAUCUACUUUCAAAGUAAGGAAGGAGAAAUUAGGUGAUAGGAUCACAGCUUUGCAUCAAAUAGUUUCUCCGUUUGGAAAGACUGACACAGCUUCUGUCUUGUUAGAGGCUAUUGGCUACAUCAGAUUCCUUCAUGGUCAAAUUGAGGCCUUGAGCUUACCGUACUUGGGCAAGGAUUCUGGAAACCUCAGGCACCCUGGCCAGGGGGAACGGAACUACAUAUUCCCUGAAGACCCUGGUCAGAAUUACGAGGAAGAGAUCGAGCAAAUGAAGGACCUGAGGAGCAAAGGGCUAUGUCUGAUCCCAAUUUCAUGCACUCUUGAAGUGGGGAAUGAAAAUAACAUUGGAGCUGAUUAUUGGGCUGCAGCUUCCUUUGGAGGUGGAGUAAAUCUCCAUUAUUAAUUAUUAACAUAUUAUAAAUAAAUCGAUAAAAUUAAGUAGGAUAAUUUCCUACACCUCUCUUUUACUUUUUGGGUGGAAAUCAAUUAGUUAAUUACUUCGCUAUAUAUAGCAGUAAUAGCUAGGGCUUCCUGAAAAUCGAUAUAACAUCAUGAGCAGUCAUUCUGCUCAGCAUCAAACCCAAGGCUGAUUGCUCAUGAUGCUAUAUAUCAUUUGUUCUUUUUGGGAGUUAUUAAUUACUUGAUAAUUAUAUGUAACCGGAUUAAUAUAUUAUAUGUAAGUUGCUUAAUUCAUCAUACAAUAAAAUAAUACUCUUGUUUGCCUUA